UUUUAAAAAAAAAAAUCACACAUGAAUCAAGGUUGUGACUUCUGUUUUAAUAUAUAAGAUUGAGUUAUACAUAAUAUUGAUAAAAUAUGUUUACAUAUCUAAUGUAACAAUCAACCUAAAUGCAAAUAACAAAAUUAAUCAAAAAUAUAAUUUAUUUUAAACUUUAAUUUGGAGAAGUAGAUAGAUUUGGACAUUCGGAUCUUGGGGUCUGGUUUGGUUAGUGCAUAUCGGGUCCGGAUCUUUCGAGUCCUAGACAGUUGUUCCUAACUAGUCCGACUAGGUAUUUAAUAAUGUUCAGUUCGGUUUGAUCCCUUUCAUGUUCGGGUUGGUUCGAGUCCAUAAGUAAAAUACAUGUAGUCUAUGUUUUCCCAAUUGACACUCUUCAACUUGCAUCCAUUUAAGCGGAAUCUUGGAGAAAAGCUAACGAAAAAGAGGAAGAGGACAAGGAUCAUGAGGACCCUCCUACUUCAGAGGUUCAGACAGUGCCCCCUUGGAUAUUUCGAUAUGUACCUGCCAAAUUGAUACUUCAUUGAUUGAUAAUAGCAAUGUAGUGGCUUAGGGUGGGGUUUUAAAGAUCAAAUUGGUUCGAAUCUUUCGGAUUACGGGUGUGCAACAGAAGCCUCUCAGAGAUGGAAAUUUUAUUAUGGGCAACUCCAUGCAUGAGAGACAUGAGGAUAACCUCGAUCCGGUUCCAGACAAACUGAUUAGAUCUAUUGGAUAUGACUGCGAACCCGAUGGAUUGGCCAGCAUUCGCGUCAAAAAUUGAAUUGUUCCAUAGACUACAGGAGGACUUCGAGACCGUGAACCUGACUCAUAUUCCUCCAAGUAGGAAUGGUUGGACGGAUUCAAAGCAAGAACCAGAGGUUGUAUUUUCUCCCAUAUAGAUCAAACAUGGACAUGCAGAAAUGUUCUUCGGAAAAUCGGUACGUUUGACCAGCACGUGAUCUAGUUUAAACGGGAAAGAAAUAAGAGAAGGCAUGGAGAGCAGCAACAUCCAUAUAGUCUGUUGAUAAAGACAAUUGAUAAGACUGUGACGAACAGAUUAUCUACCAUUAGGCGCCAGGGUGAUCAAAAGAUGGAGGAGGGCCUUAGAAUUUGGUUUGGAACAAGAUGAUAUGUAAAGAGGAGUUUAUACUUUCUUUAUCAUUCUAACUCAUAGUUACAUCAUAUGUAAAACAGUUUUUUGGAUGAAUAAAAUUUAACAUUUAUUCAAAAAAAAGAAUGGCCUCUAGUCAAUCAAAAAUAUUUAAAUCAACAUAAAAAGGAGAACUAAAAAAAAACAAAACUCGAACAAGUUAAUGACUCACACAAACUCAACAACAACUACAUUGAUCAAAAGUUCAAAAGCUCAAUCAAGUACUUCUUAAGAUAAGGAUGACCUCUUCUCGGAUCAUACCUACUUUUGAAGCUAAGCAGGAAAUCUUCAAUAUAUCACAUUAAAGAUAUAUACAAGUUUCCAUCAAUUUUUGUUUGUCAUAAAAUGCAUCAUCUUUUGAUAUAAGACUUUUCUCUCUAGAAAAAGUACUUCUUUGUAUAAAAAGUAUGGUGAAAAUGAAACUCUACUUCUCUUCAGAUUUAGACUCAACAUUUGGAGUCCAUAAUAACUGGACAUGAUGUAGGAAGCAAUAGGAUCUAUUGAUGAUGGUUUAUGUAUAUUUCUUGGCUCCGUAUCAUUUCAUGGUCUAAAAAGGACAAUCCACACAGUCUCACAAGUUUAUCUCUUUAUGUUUCAAACUGGGGGUGAAUUAUCCACCCACUUUGAAUGUGAAAUUUUAUAAUAACACUAUAACCAAAAUCCUCCACUUUAUCAAGAAAUUCUAAUUCAACAUCAGAAAUGCAAAGUGGGUUAACCAAAAAAAUAAAAGCCCAAUAAACAUUAAUAAUAGUUAUAUUGACCAAAAGUACAAUUUUAUCCAUACAAAACUAGUACAACGAGUACGACAAAAACACCUCAUCAAACACAUAUUUCAAAAUAUUUAUGGUUUACUCUUGAAUUAUAAACUUUGAAUUGGAAUUGACACAUGUCAUCUUUCUAUAUUAUUUUGUUAAUAAAUCGAUAUACUCGAAUCUAACUAUAUAAAUAAGAAUGUAAAAUUAGAUUAUUUUCUUUAAAAUCUACAACGGUUACAUUGACCAAAAGUAUAACAUCUUAUCCACACAAAACUAGUAUAACGAGUACGAGUAAAACACGUCAUCAAACGAAGAUUGCAAACAGAUAUGGUUUACCCUCAGAUCAUGAAUCUUGAGUUGGCAUUGACAUAUAUCCUCUUUGUACUUAUAUAUAUAUAUAACAAUUUACUCGAAUCUAACUAAAUAAAUACAAAGAAAUCCUAAAUAAUUUUCUUCAAAUCUUUUCAUCCUUUUUAAGUUUUUUUUAUGGUAUCAGAGCCAUGAAUGAUUUUUCCAAUUUUUUCUCUGCUUAGAUACCGAUGGUUCGUCUUAAAUAUGUUAUAUGUCCAGAGACCACCAACUGAAAAAAAAAAUCUGCAAUUGACAACAUGAAAUCUUAAUAAUUGGAGUCUUUUACUUGUUUAGAUUUGAUUUGUGCAAGCCAAUUUUUGGGUAAAAAUAUCUUCAAAUAGCAGUGCAUUAAUCUGAAGGAUUUUACUAGCAACAACCAUUGAAAAAGUAAUUUUUUUUCCAAAGAGAAGUGUCAUGGCUGAAGAGAUGAAUAUCGGUCAGCUGGAUGAAAAUUUGAUUCUGAAAAUCCUUUCUUUAGUUCCAAUAAAAACUGUCGUGUCAACGAGUGUCUUGUCUAAAGAAUGGCAGUCUCGUUGGAAGUCGGUGCCAAAACUGAAGUUUAAUUCUGAGGACUACCAGAGUGAACACCAAACAUUUUCAGAGACUGUGUACAAGUCUCUCCUUUCAUAUGAACCUGAGGUUCUAGAUAGUUUUCAUCUCAGCUUUGGAUCAGAUAAAGCUGAUGCAGUAGAUGUUGUACAUUGGAUUAAAACAGCGUUUGCUCUACAUUUGCGUACAUUGGUACUCGAAUUUCUCAUCUAUCCAUACGAGGUCGACGAGUUCAUAUUUACGAGUAGCUUGUGUACUUGUGAUACACUAGUGACUUUGAAACUCGGAAGUCUUAUUCUUGUAGAUAUCCCUGCACCGGGUUCGAUGAAGUCUCUUAAAACGCUGCAUCUUUUUUAUGCGUUCUACACAAACGAUGAAUCUAUCUGUAACCUUUUAUCUGGCUGUCCUAGACUUGAAGAACUCGUUGUGGAACGAUCUUGUGAACACAGUGUGAAAUUUUUCACUAUCAAAGUCCCUUCUUUGCAGAUAUUAAGGAUUUAUGAUUACAAUGAUGAGGACGAGUUCGUUGGAUAUGUGAUAGAUACUCCUUCUUUGAAAUACUUAGAGAUUGGAUACUUAGGAUGUCCACAGUUUUCUCUGAAUGCACCGGGGCUGGUGGUGGCAUAUAUUGGUAGAGUUUCUAAUGUAAUCAGUGAAUCUCUCGUUUCAGUCAGACGUCUUGUCUUGAAUGUAUCAACUUCGAUGACUAUAUAUCCUCCUACUGGAUGUAUCUUCUAUCAACUGGUGUAUCUACAGAUAUAUACGCAUGAACCAGGCUGGUAUGAUCUACUUACGUGGAUGCUCGAACAUUCACCGAAACUACAAGUCCUGAAGCUCGUUGGUAAAUAUUGGAUUAAUCCUGACUAUCAUGUUCUCGGCUGGGAAUGGAAUAAGCCAAAGUCUGUCCCUGAAUGUUUGUUGUCACAUCUAGAGACAUUUGUGUGGAGCAGAUACGAUUGGAAAGGAGAAAAGGAAGAAGAAGUGGCUACGUAUCUUCUAAAGAAUGCAAGAGGGUUGAAGAAUGCGACUUUCUCUACAGGUCCCAUUGAACCGGGCCAGCUUGACAAGUUGAAACAGAGAUGUAGGACGCGCAAAAAAUUGGAUGGUGUGCUCAAGGCUUCUAAUACAUGCCACCUUGUGUUCAAGUUUGAAUGAUUUUUAUUAUGUAUUGGACUCUGCUAUACUUACAAUAUAGAGAGUGAACAAAAUAUGGUGCUUCUAGACUUUUUAAAACAGCUUUCUCAAUUUUAUUCCUUUUGCUUUUGAUUUUGCUAUGAUGAUGCAUUCUUAUAUACAUUAUAACCUAUUUAAACUAAUGCUCUAUAAAUUAAUAUACACUAAAAAUCUGUAUAAAAUAAUAUAAUUUUAUAGUUCUAAAUUGAGCUUUUGGUUCAAUUAGUAUAUCGAUAAAUUAAUAUCUCUUUAAAUUAAUAAAAAAUUAUAGUUUUGGUUUUGUCCAAACAUUAUUAAUUUAUAGAGGUUUCACUUUUUUUUUUGAAUUGAAUGUUAAAUUUAAUUCAAAGAAAAAAAGACUGUUUUACAUCAUGUGUGACCAAAGCUAAAGAUUAUAAACCUCUCCUCCUUUUUUAAUCUAUGAACUCAAAGAAUUUCAAGUCUAUCUAGAGACAAACCAAAAUGUCAUUCCUUCAGCCAACUCCUUAUCUCCUCUUCUUUGCAAAGUGGUGAAUCUGUUUCUCAUGUUCUUGUCCAGUCUCUUAGUCAAUACCACACUUGGAGACGGGAGUUCAUUGUGUUUCCUUCGGUUCCUUUCCAUCCAAAUAGCAUGACUGUCGACUGCAGUAUGUAUCUUGAUACAAAGAUUUUAACCUCACUCCAGUUUGAACCCUCCAUGAGAAGACUAGUUAUCGUUUCCCACUCCAUAGUGAAUUGACUCUCCAUCACCCCUUUCAUUAAGGCUUCCCAAAUAUGCGCUGAGUAAGGGCACUUGAAAAACAAAUGAUCUGCAGUCUCCAAUGGUUCUUGGCACAGAACACAUGAUGCAUCAACAUUAAUGUUCCAAUCUCCCGUCGAUAGUCUACCCCGCAUCGCCAUCCAAGUCACAAAGGAGUACUUCGGGGUAGCAUGUUUGAACCACACAACCGAAGACCAAGAACAUAAUAGGUGCUUCUCUCUGAUACAACUCCACGUCUCACUUGUCAAGAACCUUUUCUUGUAUUUUCCUUUUUCAUUCUUCCAUAACGAUAUGUCUUCUUCUUGUGACCAAUUCUCUUUAAUUGGAACUCUAUGACGCCUC